CAGAGCGCGCGGGCAAUUUGGGCAUUGACACCUGCACACUCGCAGAGCAAUCGCCGUCAGCCCUCGCGCUCUUAGGCCCAAACAGUACAAGCUGCCGACUGCUCUCAGGCGACCCUGAACAAUGGGCGAAACCUGCUUCCACAUGCCCGCUAGGGUGUUCGGUUUUGAGUCCAGCGCCGCUGAGGCCGCGCAGCCCACACGGCAGGCCACGACGGCAUCGCCUAGCGCGCCCUCGCUCCUCAGCCGCCUGCUAAAGGAUGGUUCCUCUCAAAUGCCCGUUGCUUAUAUGGACGCUUCGGACGCGUAUUCAGACGAUUCCGACGACGAUAUGGAGGAGGGCGACUGUGCGGAGGCUGGCGAUGAGGAAACCGAGGAGGAUGGCUCCAUCCCCAUUCCGCCGACCUCGGAGUCAUGGCUGAAGCAGCAGCGCGAGGCGCACGCGCGCUUUGUGUAUGCGGUACAAAUUGAGGAAAUGCGUCAACAGUGUGCCGCCUACUUCAGCCGCAUGCAGCGCGUUGGGGCGAUGAGCACCGGCAACGACUCCGUUAAAAACGUCAACACCAAUGCGACCACCUCGUCUGCGUCCGAGACGAAACCUCAGCAGAACAGCCGCCCGGCCCAGCCGGGGCCCGGCUUUUGAGCUCCCCGGCGCCCGUGUGGCCGUUCUGAGAAGAGAGCCAUUGAGUGUGGGUGAGCGGGGCUUCAUCUGAGUAGUUCCCCUUCAUUGUCGUUUCUGUUGAUUGGCCGAGAGAUCACUAAGCACGUGGUUCGGUAGUUUUGUUCUGUGUGCGUCGACACGAAUUGACGCGGACCCGGGACGCCGUACGAUGCAAGCUCGGAGCGGGCGUGGCUCAGCUGCGCCAGCGGCUGAAGUGAUUGACGGAGGCAUAGACACGUACGUGGGGCCAGUGGUGGCUGUGGCUGGAAGGGGUUGCGGCUUGCGGCACGAGUGCAGAACCCACUCUGUGCUAAGCAUGCGCGCGCCCCCCGCCCCGGGCGCCUAUGCGGCGCCCUGGUGAUGACGCCACCGCCGCCCACCGCCAACGUUGCGCCCACUGCUGCCUGUCCCGGCGCUUGUCCAACAAUUGUGGUACCAGCGCUGCGUAGAGGGAGGGCAGUUAGUUCAGGAGGAACGGCGUGACUUGCAGGGUGUUUCUGGUGCUGGGGCUAGGCCUGCAAAGCGAAAGGGACGCACCCAACGACCGCCGGACUGGUGAUUUCGUAAGCGGCGCGAACAUUAAUUGGCUGACAGGCAGGGGGAAAUCCGGUGGUAACGGAAGCCCUACUGGGCUUGCGUCGCCUCAGACACCGCAGUCCUGCAUACGGCGUGCAUCUGCAUCCGAGGUUGGGUGACAGGGCGAGGUGCUUCAACUGUCUGGUCUGGUGGAGGAGCCUAGCUACUUUUUACCUCAAUUCGGUUAAGGGUAUGGUUGAAGUCUGUUGGAGAGCACCGCCGCCUGCUGAUGGACACAUGCAUGGGCUGCAUUAUGGUUGUGCGACGCUGCGAGCAUGGCGGCACACGCACGUGCGCUGCUCAAGGGGCGCCUGUGCGCCGCUGUCAAGCAGAUCGACGCUGGCAGGCAGUAGGCAUGAUGGAGAUAGGAUGCGAAGAGGCCAUGCGGCGGUAAUAAAUUGCGGCGCCAACCAACACGGUCGGGGAGCUCUGGCGGGGAUGAUGCAUGCAGGCAGGUAUGGUAAGGGCCACUGCUGCCCCUUACCCUGUCGACUGUGGGCAUGCUGCUGCAAGCAUGGUUGACGAAUACAGCAUUGACAACGUCAUCGUGCAAGUUAAUCCACGUCGUGGUGUGUUGUGGUGUGCGUGUGUAUGUGUACAAGUAUGUUAUGUGCUGCGUGCCGUAUAGAGAGUGACAAAAAGCACUGGUGCAGUAAAGGCUGGGCUCAGCGGCAACGCCCGACGAUUGUGUUGUACCACAGCAUUUUAUUCUAACGUUUUGAUACCAGCUGUAGAACUAGGUUAGAGCGGCAAAAUACGAGUGGCCAGCGAGCGAGCGAGAUGAUGGGACGUACAGAUGGCAGGGCGCGUGCUGGAUGCAGGAGGGCUAGAAAUCAGCAGCGCAACUGGAAAUAGGCGUGGAUUGUAUCGGCAUUGACGUUGUGAUACGACGAUGGCUGUUUGUUCGUACAGUGUACUGUGGAUUGGGAACGGACAGGCGAACACGCGGUGUGCGUGUGAUGGGCCUGUGUGCCCGGCGGUUUGGAGCUCCAUAGCCCGACAUUACCUGGCGGCUGCACCGUAAUGCUGCAGAGCAGAGCAAUUGCAGGGAGAGGCAAAGUUGGCCUGAGUAGGCCUGAGGAAGUUGAGCAGGGUAGCCUGAGGGGCGGGUACCCCCAGUCGUCCAUACACUGUCCGCGGGGGAUGUAACAUAAUUGAGCA